AUGGCGACGCAACCCAAGCCCGAGUACCCCGGCAAGCUGCUGCAGGCCGUGGCGAUUGCCAAGCCCUUCCAGGAGAGCAUUGAGGCGGAGAUUGGCCAGCGCAAGGACAAGAAUCUGUCUGUCCCCAAGCUCGUGGGUAUCCUUGCCAAGCCGAGCCCCCCCUCGAUCGCGUAUGCGGAGUGGACGCGCAAGGCGUGCGAGGCGGUUGGCAUCAACUUUGAGAUCUGGAAGACGUGGGAUGACGAGGAACUUGGCAAGGAUGCCGAGUCUAAGCUCAGCACCCCCGAGAGCCUGCAGAACUUUGGUCUGGAGGCAGAUGUCGAAGACCUGAUUCUGGCGGCCAACCGCGACAAGAGCGUGGACGGCAUCAUGGUAUACUACCCCAUCUUUGGCGGUCGCCAGGACACUUACCUGCAGCAGAUUGUGGACCCCCGCAAGGACGUCGAGGGCCUCAACUUUUACUACUGCUGGAACUUGUACCACAACGUGCGGUGGAUCCAGCCGUCGCAGCUCGGCAGUGCCCCGGGCACCACGAACGAGGCCGAGCUCCAGAACCUUGACAGUAAUGUGGCCGAGGACGGCGAGGUCCCCCCCGGCUUUGGCAAGAGUAUCCUACCCUGCACUCCCCUCGCGGUGGUCAAGGCGCUGGAGGCGAGUGGAGUAUACGACUUCAAGCUGCCCUACGGCGACCGUCUGUACGGCAAGACGAUCACCGUGAUCAACCGCUCCGAGGUGGUCGGUCGCCCCCUGGCGGCGCUGCUGGCCAACGACGGUGCGCGUGUCUUUUCCGUGGACAUCGACUCGAUUGUGGAGUUCAACAAGCGUGCGGACGACGAUGUGCAGACGCCUACGCAGCUGCGCAAGUCGAAGAAGGUCGUUCAGGCCCACAAGGAGAAUAGCGCGGCGCGUCUGCGCCCCGCGCACGUCGUGCGUGCGUGCAGCCACCCCGAUGCGGAGAGCUGCGUGCGGGAAUCCGACGUGGUGAUCGGCGGUGUGCCCGCAGCGAGUUACAAGGUGCCUACCGAGUGGAUCAAGGAGGGUGCGGUGUGCGUCAACUUCAGCUCCGAGAAGAACUUUGAGACGAACGUGCGCAGCCGGGCAGCUGCCUACCUGCCUGCUAUUGGCAAGAUCACCGUCGCGAUGCUCCAGCGCAACCUGCUGCGCCUGGUGGAUUACAAGGAGAUUUCUCAGACCCGUGCAUAG